AUGCUGGCGGGGGGAAGAGGGAUUGUGGAAGAUGAGGGGCAAGCCUGCUUCAGUAUAAACCUCUACUACUACUACUACUACUACUACUACUACUACUACUACUACUACUACUACUACUGCUACUACUACUACUACUACUACUACUACUACUACUACUACUACCACUACUACUACUACUACUACUACUACUACUACUACUACUACUACUACUACUACUACUACUACUACUACUACUACUACUAG